CCUCCAGCGCGGCGGCUGCAAACGCGUCUCGCUCGCCCCGAGCCCCGGGGCAGCUGCUGCCUUUGUGCGUCUGCAGCGGGCUCGGCUCGGCUCGGCCCGUCCCUCCUGCCCGGCGAGUGCGCGGCGGCGGGGCCGGGCUCCGUGGCGUGGGGCCCCGUCAGCGGGGAAGCUGCAGCCGAGAGACCCAACCUGCCGCUGCCCGAGGAGAGGAGCCUCCGGCCGGCCGGGGCAUGGCUGGGGCGCGCUCCGCUCAGGCUCCAGUCACGUUUGACGACGUCGCUGUGUAUUUCUCCGCGGCGGAGUGGGAGGAGCUCGCGGAAUGGCAGAAGGAGCUGUACAAGGACGUGAUGAGGGACAACUACAAGGCUUUGAUCUCCCUGGGUCAUGCUGCCACUAAACCUGACAUUAUCUGGCUGAUUGAAUGUGGGGAAGAGCCGUAUGUCAAGGGUCACAAGGACUCUGGGAAUGGAAAAGCUUUUAACUUCUUCUCAGUUGCCGAGAUCAGGGGGAAGAAGGAGACUCAUCCGCAGGAGACUCUCAGGGAAUUGGAAGGGCCCAGGCUGUUAGAACGUGGCCUCCAGAGCUCGGACAGGGAAUUAGUCUGUCAGGCUCAGUCCAGCUCAGAAGAUCAUCAGGGAAACUCUGCCAGAAGUGGAGUGGAGCCACCCCCUCCUUGGCAAAGCAGGCUCACUGCAGCCACCUGGCAACGCUGCUCCCUGGGAUGUGAGCAGGCGGCUCCCUUUGAACUCUCUGGGGGAUGCCUGCGUGUGGUUGAGGACAGGUUCUGGCCCUUGGACGUCCUUGCUCCCCAGCCAUUCACUUCUGCAGAGACUCUGUAUAAAUGCAUCCAGUGUGAGAAAUGGUUCACUCCCCCGCCAGCUGCUGGCGGUCACGGCGGGACGCCCCUGGGAGCAGAGCCCUCCAUUUGCCCCAAGUGCAAGGGGAGCCGUGGGGAGAGCUCUCAUCUUAAUGCAUGUCAGAGAAUCCCCCCGGGAGAGACCCCCUGUCUGCGCGCUCGCUGUGAGCACAGCCCAGCCCAGCCCCUGCCCCAGAGACUCCCCCCAGGAGAGACCCCCUGUCUGCGCGCUCGCUGUGAGCACAGCCCAGCCCAGCCCCUGCCCCAGAGACUCCCCCCAGGAGAGACCCCCUGUCUGCGCGCUCGCUGUGAGCACAGCCCAGCCCAGCCCCUGCCCCAGAGACUCCCCCCAGGAGAGACCCCCUGUCUGCGCGCUCGCUGUGAGCACAGCCCAGCCCAGCCCCUGCCCCAGAGACUCCCCCCAGGAGAGACCCCCUGUCUGCGCGCUCGCUGUGAGCACAGCCCAGCCCAGCCCCUGCCCCAGAGAAUCCCCCCAGGAGAGACCCCCUGUCUGCGCGCUCGCUGUGAGCACAGCCCAGCCCAGCCCCUGCCCCAGAGAAUCCCCCCAGGAGAGACCCCCUGUCUGCGCACUCACUGUGAGCACAGCACAGCCCAGCCGGUGCCCCAGAGACUCCCCCCAGGAGAGACCCCCUGUCUGCGUGCUUGCUGUGAGCACAGCCCAGCCCAGCCGGUGCCCCAGAGACUCCCCCCAGGAGAGACCCCCUGUCUGCGUGCUUGCUGUGAGCACAGCCCAGCCCAGCCCCUGCCCCAGAGAAUCCCCCCCGGAGAGACCCCCUGUCUGCGCGCUCGCUGUGAGCACAGCCCAGCCCAGCCCCUGCCCCAGAGAAUCCCCCCAGGAGAGACCCCCUGUCUGCGCGCUCGCUGUGAGCAAAGCCCAGCCCAGCCUGUGCCCCAGAGACUCCCCCCAGGAGAGACCCCCUGUCUGCGCGCUCGCUGUGAGCACAGCCCAGCCCAGCCCCUGCCCCAGAGACUCCCCCCAGGAGAGACCCCCUGUCUGCGCGCUCGCUGUGAGCCCAGCCCAGCCCAGCCCCUGCCCCAGAGAAUCUCCCCCGGAGAGACCCCCUGUCUGCGCGCUCGCUGUGAGCACAGCCCAGCCCAGCCUGUGCCCCAGAGACUCCCCCCAGGAGAGACCCCCUGUCUGCGCGCUCGCUGUGAGCACAGCCCAGCCCAGCCCCUGCCCCAGAGACUCCCCCCAGGAGAGACCCCCUGUCUGCGCGCUCGCUGUGAGCACAGCCCAGCCCAGCCCCUGCCCCAGAGACUCCCCCCAGGAGAGACCCCCUGUCUGCGCGCUCGCUGUGAGCACAGCCCAGCCCAGCCCCUGCCCCAGAGACUCCCCCCAGGAGAGACCCCCUGUCUGCGCGCUCGCUGUGAGCACAGCCCAGCCCAGCCCCUGCCCCAGAGACUCCCCCCAGGAGAGCGACUGUAUAGAUGCCCCGAGUGCGAGAAAAGCUUCUGCUCCAAGCAGGAAUACACGUGGCACCAGAGAGCCCACCUCAGCGAUAGGCUCUAUAAAUGUAGCGGGUGCGAGAAAAGCUUCCGCUCCAAGCAGGAGCUGGUCUGGCACCAGCGGGCCCACGCAGCAGAGAGGCCGUACAAGUGCAGCGAGUGCGAGAAGAGCUUCCGCUACCCGCAAGAAUUCACCUGGCACCAGAGAGCCCACGUGGGCGACAGGCCGUACAAAUGCCCCACCUGCGAUAAGCACUUCCGCUACCAGCAAGAGUUCACGUGGCACCAGCGGAGCCACGCCGGGGAGAAGAGCUACAAGUGCCUGGGCUGUGAGAAGAGCUUCCGCUACAAGCAGGAAUUCAUGUGGCACCAGAGGAUCCACGUGGGGGAGAACCCCUACCGAUGCCCCACGUGCCAGAGGACCUUCCGCUGCAAGCAGCAGUAUACGAGCCACCAGAGGGUCCACAGCGCGGAGAGGCCCCAUAGAUGCUCUGAGUGUGAUAAGAGCUUCAGCCGGAACUCAGCCCUUCUUAAGCACCAGCGACUCCACACCGGGGAGGGACCUUACCACUGUCCUGACUGCGAGAAAAGCUUCAGCCAGAGCACAAACCUUCUCCAACACCAGCGAUCCCACGCACGCAAGAGAGCCCGGCUGGAUGGGCAGAAGCCUUCCGAGGGGAGGCAACCCCAGCAAGGCCCUCGCAAGGCUGCGGGCAGAGAGACCCUGUAA